AUGAGCCAGCAGCAACCCCUCAUGAGCCAGCAGCAACCCCUCAUAAGCCAGCAGCAACCCCUCAUGAGCCAGCAGCAACCUCUCAUGAGCCAGCAGCAACCCCUCAUGAGCCAGCAGCAACCUCUCAUGAGCCAGCAGCAACCCCUCAUGAGCCAGCAGCAACCCCUCAUGAGCCAGCAGCAACCCCUCAUGAGCCAGCAGCAACCCCUCAUGAGCCAGCAGCAACCUCUCAUGAGCCAGCAGCAACCCCUCAUGAGCCAGCAGCAACCCCUCAUGAGCCAGCAGCAACCCCUCAUGAGCCAGCAGCAACCCCUCAUGAGCCAGCAGCAACCCCUCAUGAGCCAGCAGCAACCUCUCAUGAGCCAGCAGCAACCCCUCAUGAGCCAGCAGCAACCCCUCAUGAGCCAGCAGCAACCCCUCAUGAGCCAGCAGCAACCCCUCAUGAGCCAGCAGCAACCCCUCAUGAGCCAGCAGCAACCCCUCAUGAGCCAGCAGCAACCCCUCAUGAGCCAGCAGCAACCCCUCAUGAGCCAGCAGCAACCCCUCAUGAGCCAGCAGCAACCCCUCAUGAGCCAGCAGCAACCCCUCAUGAGCCAGCAGCAACCCCUCAUGAGCCAGCAGCAACCCCUCAUGAGCCAGCAGCAACCCCUCAUGAGCCAGCAGCAACCCCUCAUGAGCCAGCAGCAACCUCUCAUGACCCAGCAGCAACCCCUCAUGACCCAGCAGCAACCCCUCAUGAGCCAGCAGCAACCCCUCAUGAGCCAGCAGCAACCUCUCAUGAGCCAGCAGCAACCCCUCAUGAGCCAGCAGCAACCCCUCAUGAGCCAGCAGCAACCUCUCAUGAGCCAGCAGCAACCCCUCAUGAGCCAGCAGCAACCUCUCAUGAGCCAGCAGCAACCCCUCAUGAGCCAGCAGCAACCCCUCAUGAGCCAGCAGCAACCCCUCAUGAGCCAGCAGCAACCCCUCAUGAGCCAGCAGCAACCCCUCAUGAGCCAGCAGCAACCCCUCAUGAGCCAGCAGCAACCCCUCAUGAGCCAGCAGCAACCCCUCAUGAGCCAGCAGCAACCCCUCAUGAGCCAGCAGCAACCCCUCAUGAGCCAGCAGCAACCCCUCAUGAGCCAGCAGCAACCCCUCAUGAGCCAGCAGCAACCCCUCAUGAGCCAGCAGCAACCCCUCAUGAGCCAGCAGCAACCCCUCAUGAGCCAGCAGCAACCUCUCAUGAGCCAGCAGCAACCCCUCAUGAGCCAGCAGCAACCUCUCAUGAGCCAGCAGCAACCCCUCAUGAGCCAGCAGCAACCUCUCAUGAGCCAGCAGCAACCCCUCAUGAGCCAGCAGCAACCCCUCAUGAGCCAGCAGCAACCCCUCAUGAGCCAGCAGCAACCCCUCAUGAGCCAGCAGCAACCCCCUCAUGAGCCAGCAGCAACCCCUCAUGAGCCAGCAGCAACCCCUCAUGAGCCAGCAGCAACCCCUCAUGAGCCGGCAGCAACCCCUCAUGAGCCAGCAGCAACCCCUCAUGAGCCAGCAGCAACCCCUCAUGAGCCAGCAGCAGCCCCUCAUGAGCCAGCAGCAACCCCUCAUGAGCCAGCAGCAACCCCUCAUGAGCCAGCAGCAACCCCUCAUGAGCCAGCAGCAACCCCUCAUGAGCCAGCAGCAACCCCUCAUGAGCCAGCAGCAACCCCUCAUGAGCCAGCAGCAACCCCUCAUGAGCCAGCAGCAACCUCUCAUGAGCCAGCAGCAACCCCUCAUGAGCCAGCAGCAACCUCUCAUGAGCCAGCAGCAACCCCUCAUGAGCCAGCAGCAACCUCUCAUGAGCCAGCAGCAACCCCUCAUGAGCCAGCAGCAACCCCUCAUGAGCCAGCAGCAACCCCUCAUGAGCCAGCAGCAACCCCUCAUGAGCCAGCAGCAACCCCUCAUGAGCCAGCAGCAACCCCUCAUGAGCCAGCAGCAACCCCUCAUGAGCCAGCAGCAACCCCUCAUGAGCCGGCAGCAACCCCUCAUGAGCCAGCAGCAACCCCUCAUGAGCCAGCAGCAACCCCUCAUGAGCCAGCAGCAGCCCCUCAUGAGCCAGCAGCAACCCCUCAUGAGCCAGCAGCAACCCCUCAUGAGCCAGCAGCAACCCCUCAUGAGCCAGCAGCAACCCCUCAUGAGCCAGCAGCAACCCCUCAUGAGCCAGCAGCAACCCCUCAUGAGCCAGCAGCAGCCCGUCAUGAGCCAGCAGCAACCCCUCAUGAGCCAGCAGCAACCCCUCAUGAGCCAGCAGCAACCCCUCAUGAGCCAGCAGCAACCCCUCAUGAGCCAGCAGCAACCCCUCAUGAGCCAGCAGCAACCCCUCAUGAGCCAGCAGCAACCCCUCAUGAGCCAGCAGCAACCCCUCAUGAGCCAGCAGCAAACCCUCAUGAGCCAGCAGCAACCCCUCAUGAGCCAGCAGCAACCCCUCAUGAGCCCCCCCUCUUUACAAUGUGUCCCCUCUUCCCUUCCCCUCCAUUCCCACUCCCUUCCCGCACCUGCCAGUAG